GUAAAGGGCUGUAAUAAUUUUGGAUUGUAGUAUAAUGUAGGCCAGCUGCCGAAUAUAAAGUGAACCAAACUUUAAAAACUGAAGUGUUAUGGCACCAAGAAACCCCACUGUAUACAAAUAACAAGAUAGAGCAGGAUGAAUAACUUUAUUUGGCAUUAAAUGGUAAAGUAAAGUAUGUACUUUCGACAUAGACAUCGCCGUUUUCCAAGUACCUCUGCUCUGAUUCCCAACAACUGCAUUCCUCCUCUCGUCUCUCUCAACAACAAACAGGAAACACACGUCCUAUAAAAAGAAUGAUUGACACUCCGGUUAGCCACUGACGUCUAGCCGUGACUCACGCUCAGCCAAUCGCAUCAGAGAAGAAGGGCGGGACGUCCUGUAAUGUGAUGCAAAUUGGACGGUCAAGCGUGUUGGUCCCACCUUUUUGUGUUUCCCGCACCGUCAAUCAAAAUAGAAAAAAAAUCGACCCGAAUUCACCGAUCAACACUAGCCCGCCUUUGAUAAAACAAUCAUGUUCGGAGUUUAGUUGAUCAGAUAAUCCUCCCGCUUACUACCAUUCACGCUAUGACUGGUACGUAAACAUUUAGCGCAUCGAAGCGUGCAACUAAUCGCGCUAGAGCAGCCUCUGAAACAAGGAGAAAUGGCGUCCGCGGACGUGGACAGCAGUCAAAGCGAGUUUCUGCAACCCGGCGGCGCAGCGGAAACACAGACAACAGAUAUGUCAGCCAUUCAGCUGACAGGUUCAGACCGAUGGGAGGUAUUAACUCCCGUCUCAACUGGGAAAGAAGACCAGGGAGUUGUUCACAUUCCAAACUCGGGGAUUGUCACGUCCAACGGGCAGUACGUGCUUCCAAUUGGGAGUCUUCCCAGCCAACCCAUUUAUGUUACUGCAUCUGGGAAUGAGGCUACAGCCAAUGGAGUGUCAGGCAUCCAGUAUCAGGUCAUUCCCCAAAUCCAAAAUGCAGAUGGGACACUUGCAGGAUUCCAAACACAGGGGUUGGAUGAUGGCACGGGGCAGAUCCAGCUACUCCAAGAUGGCAGCCAGGGCAGCAUCGGGAUCAGUUGUGCCACGACGGCGACCACAGACCUCCUGACACAGGCGGGGCAAGUACAGUCAAUCCAAGGUGUCCCGCUGGCUGGGGGUACAGCAUACACCAGCACAGUACCUGUAGGGCUCCCUAGCAACAUAACAUUCGUCCCAAUAAACAGUGUGGAUCUAGAGUCACUAGGGCUCACCGGAGCGCAGACGGUCCCCAUUGCAACUGGGGUAACAGCUGAAGGCCAGCUGAUCAUGAGUGGCCAGACGCUGGAAAGUCAGGGUCAUGAUGCUGGCAACAAACAGUCGCUGGUGACGGUGAGCGGCGCCAACCAAGAGCUCUAUGUGUCAACCACCACGACCACUUCCUCCUCAAACUCCUCCCAACUCCCCGAAACAAUUGAUGGCACUGGAGUUCUGACACAAGCAACUGCUGUGUCUGCAGGCGUGUCUGAUCCCUCCUCAGAGAACUUCAACUCCCACAACCACCUGCAGCAAAUCCAGGUGUCAUCCUCUAAUGCCACUACUAUCUCGCAACCAAUCCUGCAGCUGUCUGGGGACAAUCAGGCCCAGGUAGCCCAGGUGGCUCCAGGUCAGGACCUGACUGCAGCAGGUCAGACUCUACAGAGCGUGCAGCUGGUCAACCCUGGGACCUUCCUCAUCCAGGCCCAAACUGUAACAGCUACAGGACAGAUCCAGUGGCAGACUUUCCAGGUUCAGGGUGUCCAGUCACUCCAAGGGCUCCAGCUGCCCCAGGGCCAGGGUCAGGCACAGCAGUUGACUUUAGCCCCGGUUCAGACCCUCCCUCUGGGCCAGGCAGGACAGGUCAGCCUGCCCAACCUCCAGACUGUCACAGUCAACUCUGUAACACAAAGCGGAGUUCAGUACACACAUGGAGAGGAUGCAAACAGUCCAGCUGGUAUACAGAUAAAAGAGGAGCCAGACUCUGAGGAGUGGCAGCUGAGCGGAGACUCCACGCUGAACCCCAGCGACCUGAACAACCUGCGUGUUCAGAUGGGAGACGAGGACAUGGAGACGCCGAGCGGGGAGGGCAAGAGACUCCGCAGAGUAGCCUGCACCUGCCCCAACUGCAAAGAGUCUGGAGGAAGAGGUUCAGGCAUGGGGAAGAAGAAGCAGCACAUCUGCCACAUCGCCGGCUGCGGGAAGGUUUACGGGAAGACGUCCCAUCUCCGAGCUCACCUGCGCUGGCACAGCGGGGAGAGACCCUUCGUCUGCAACUGGAUGUUCUGCGGAAAGAGGUUCACCAGGAGCGACGAGCUGCAGAGACACAGGAGGACACACACAGGAGAGAAGAAGUUUGUGUGCACAGAGUGCUCCAAGAGGUUUAUGCGGAGCGACCACCUGGCCAAGCACAUAAAGACUCACCAGAAUAAAAAAGGCGGGGUUCCCUCGUCCACAUCUCCGCCCACCACCGAUGCCGUCAUCACUACGGACGGAACCACGCUCAUCCUCCAGACCGCCACUACCCACGACCUCGUAGCCAAUCAGGAGAUCCCUUUGCAGCUGGUCACUGUGGCACCCGGUGAGGUCAUGGAAUGAGGGGGUGAAUGGGGCGAGUUGGCUUUUUUGAGAACUGGCAGGGACCUCUUGGGCUCUUCUCUUCCCCUCUUACCUUUUUUUUGUUUUGUUUUUUACAUAUGAAUAUAUACGUAAAUAUAUAUGACAAAUAUAUAUAUUUUAAGUAAGAGUUAUCAUGACUUUAUGUUUGUUUUUUGCAGUCUUUUUAUAGGCCGGCAAAAAAAAAAACAUUAAAAUGUGGUUGCUAUGUACACGCGUAAACACACUCACUCACUCUCUCUCUCACUCUCACACACACAUACACACAUACACACACUCUCACACACACAAACAUGCAUUAACACUCAAAAAAAACACACAACAUGAAUACUCAACACAAUGAAAUGCCUUAUUUUGUAUCAUACUCUUGUAUAAAAUGCUGGAGGUGCAUGUGUUUUUUAAGCUUUGCAGAUGAUGUUAACUGUAAGAAAUGUUUGUAAAAUGGAGAAGAUAAUGAUGAGGAGGCGUUUUUGGAAGAAUGAAAACGAAGUAGUGAACCUCUCUGGGAUUAUUGAGUUUGUGUCUCUGGAGAGUUCUGACAAGCUCUCUGUUUGAAGCAGCGCAACAUCCACGCUGAACUGUUGCACUGCUGCUGCCAGGAACAAAUGCUUUUGCUUUUAGAGGAAUUGUUUGUCAUUUUGGUGAAAACAUGCUUAUUCGUUUUCUUGCUCAGAGUUAGAUGAGAAGAGGGGUAGCGCUCUCAUGUUUGUACAGUAAAUAUGGAGCUACCACCAGUGGCUGGUUAGCUUAGCCUAGCAUAAUGACUGGAGAUAGGGGAACAGCCUGGCUCUGUCCAAAGGUAACAGAAUCUACCUCUCAUUACCUCUGAAGCUCAUCAGUUUACAUGUAUCAUGUUUGUUUAAUCUGUACAAAGACUCGUGUAAAAACAACGAUUCGUUUCAUGGAGGGUUAUUCUUGCCAGGCAGCCAGUGUGGGACAUUACUGCUUCCAGCUAAGAAAUAAUCCGGUACAUAACCUUCCUGGAAAAAUGGCAGAUUGAUGUUUUUACACCAUAGUUUUUAUAUAUCUUAAACAAACAAAAUACAGCGUGCUAAUUCAUGAGCUUUUGAGGUGCCGGUAGGUGGAUUUGGUUACCUUUGGACAGAGCCAGGCUUGCUGUUUUCCCUGUUUCCCAUCUAAUUCUUGGCAAGGAAGUGAAUAAGCUUUUUUCCUGAAAUGUCAAACUUUUCCUUUGCAGCAGCUGUCGCCCAAUCAUUGACAGCCAACAGGAUGGUGACGCUGAUGUCUUGCCAUGCUGUUUCAAACAGAGCAGGAGGUUCAGCUGGCAGUUAGAGAAAAGGACGUCAGUGCCACUGUUUACUGAUCUGAAGUUGUUUUCCCACCUUGAGAGGGGGGAAAUAGAUGCAAGCCGCUCUGAAAAAGGGCAACUUCUUCCAGCAUCUGGUCAGUCUGAACAGAAUGUCUCAUCUGUCCUCACGAGCACACUGUCCGCUGUGCUUAUCCACAUCAAAACACGUCUUUACUUUACUUUCUUUUUGCAUAUUUUGUUGUAAAUUUGCAUUGUAUUUCAGCUUUCCUGUGUUUCUUCGCCGAUCUGGGUGUCAUAUAAAUGAAAGCCACAUGAUGGUGAUCAUAGAUUUUAAAAAGUAGAGUGGUUACCUCUGAAUUCCUGCAGGGCUUUUUGUUGUCAAUGUACAUGGCUGCAGGAGGAGAACGUGCACCAGUGUUGCCAUGUGAAGAAAACUGAGAAACGGAUGCAACAAAUCAGCAAGCCCUCAAGGGUAUUUUUGUCAUCGAACAUUCCAGUCGGACACCAGAUGAUGUGGGAUUAGUUUUGCAAUAACUGCUCCGUUGGUAAUUCUGGCCAGAUGUCACUCAAGUCAAAAGGAAAACAAUCAUGCCAUUGUUUUUUUUUUUUUUUUUUUUCCUUUUUUUUUUUUUUUUUUUUAAAUUUUAAUUAAUGUAAUCUCUUCCUCUGUUUGUCUGUUAUGUUUGUAGCAUUCAUUUACAUGUAUAUUAUCUUAUUUUCACAUUGUUUAUAGAAGCCAUUACUUAGUUAACUGAAUUUGUUGUAUCAAGACCUUAUUUUAAGUGAUUUUUUUAAAGAAUUGGUGUAAAAACUGAAUGUUACCUUUUGUAAAACAUUUUUUCAAAUGGAUCACAAUAAAAGUCUGAAACCUU